GCCGUCGUGGUCCCCAGAGCUUGAGCGGCGAAUCAAUCGCAGUUGCUGCAGCGCCAAACCGGCGAUUGACCACUGAAGUUGAGAUCCCGUCCGCCGGGACAAGCAAGGGUUUUUGCACCGACGGCCGAGCCGACCGAACUGCCUGGGUGUCAUCCCGACUUCAUUCCAUCAUCCCCCCCGCCGUCCGUCCCGUCCCUCGACCUCGGAACCUUUCCACCACUUCUUUCUCCACGUUUCCUUCAACAGUUCCUCAACCACAUUCCACAUCACCAAACUCACCCAUUCGCACGCAGUGCAGGGACUCAAGGGAACCGGGCAUUGACAAGCGCAGAAACAGGCGCGCAUGCGCGCUAGCGGUCUCGCAUCAGGCAAUUAGUAACAUAGCCCACUGCACAACACCGACAUGAUAUGAUAGAAACUCGACACCGAAACUCUACGAUACAGCGAGCCUAGUACCUAGUCACAUACACACUCGACCUACCCAAGACACAUAUACUUCAAGCCAUGGUUACGGGGGUAGCGGUGCGCCGCGCCGUGCUGCUCCCCCAAUGCGGCGGUAGCGGCGCCGGGCUCGCGGCUUUGCUGCCGUUCCAACGAUCGCCCACUAUGACUUCCUCGAUUCUGUCCGCAAAAUUCUGCCGUCCGUUCUCGUCAGUUCAGCGGCCCUCGACGACAUCUUUUACCAUCGUUUCGGUUCCUUUCUCAUCCUCCCAUCCCGGAUCACGACCAUGCGUACAAUCCCAACGUUGGACUUCCCCCUUCGGCCUUCUCCGCCAGCUAUCGACCUCACAAACUCGCCUACGGGAGCAGCCGGCCAAGGAAGCUGCGGCAGAGACAGCAGAAGAGGCGGCAAAGGACGUUGAAAAGGUCAAGGAAUAUACAUCUGAAGAACACCUCAAGGUACACGGUUUUACGAAAAGCGAGAGGGCGCAUAAGGCCGCCCAUAUCAACAUGAGCGCUCGUCUUUCCAAGGAUGGCAAAUCCCAAUCAGGCACCAAGCCCGGCUUCGCCGAGGUCUGGCGUCUGAUCAAGAUUGCGCGCCCCGAGGUCAAGGCGAUGAGUGUCGCAUUCGUCCUGCUUCUCAUCUCGUCCGCGGUCACCAUGUCCAUCCCCUUCUCGAUCGGCAGAAUUCUGGAUCUUUCCACCCAGGGUCCCGCCGGCGAGGUUCGGCUCUUCGGUCUUACCCUCUAUCAGUUCUUCGGCGGCCUCGCUGGUCUUCUCACUCUUGGUGCGACGGCCAACUUUGGCAGAAUCAUCAUUCUCCGUAUCGUCGGCGAGCGCGUCGUGGCUCGGUUGCGCACGAAUCUCUACCGCCGCACCUACGUCCAGGAUGCCGAGUUCUUCGAUGCCAACAGGGUCGGUGAUCUGAUCUCGCGACUGAACUCCGACACGGUUGUCGUGGGCAAGAGCAUUACUCAGAACGUGUCUGAUGGUCUCCGUUCCAUGGUUAGCGGAGCGGCGGGUUUCGCGGCCAUGUUCUGGCUCAGCCCCAAGCUGACAUCCAUUAUCCUCAUCAUGGUUCCCCCUAUCGGUCUUGGAGCGGUUCUCUACGGUCGCAACAUUCGCAACUUGAGCAGGCAGAUCCAGAAGAACGUCGGCUCACUGAUGAAGAUCGCCGAGGAACGGUUGGGUAACAUCAAGACCAGCCAGGCCUUUGCCGCUGAAGUGCAAGAGGUGGGUCGCUACAACAAGCAGGUCAGAAAGAUUUUCGCCCUGGGCCGGAAGGAGGCCAUUGUCUCGGGUGUCUUUUUCAGCAGUACGUCGUAUGCAGGAAAUCUGGCGAUCCUGGCUCUCUUGAUUGUCGGCGGGAACCUUGUGCGCUCAGGGGCCAUGUCUCUGGGCGAUUUGACCUCGUUCAUGAUGUAUACUGUCUUUGCUGGUUCGAGUCUCUUCGGUGUUAGCGGCUUCUACUCGGAACUGAUGAAGGGUGUCGGCGCAGCGAGUCGUUUGUUCGAGCUCGAGGAUCGCAAGCCGGCCAUCCCCCAGACCGUUGGUGUGAAGGUUGAAUCUGCGCAAGGUCCCAUCAAGUUCUCGAAUGUAACGUUCGCCUACCCUACCAGACCUGCAGUUACGAUAUUCAAUGGCCUCGACUUUGAGAUCCCCUCGGGCACAAACGUGUGCAUUGUAGGCCCUUCAGGCGGAGGUAAAAGCACCGUGGCCUCCUUACUCUUGCGCUUCUAUAACCCCACAUCCGGUAGCAUCACCAUCAACGGCAUCGACAUUUCCAAGAUGAACGCCAAGUCUCUCCGCCGCCGCAUCGGCAUGGUCUCACAGGAGCCAGUCCUCUUUUCGGGUACCAUUGCCGAAAACAUUGCUUACGGCCGUCCACGGGCUCCGCGCACCGAGAUCAUUGCGGCUGCCCAGAAGGCCAACUGCGGUUUUAUUAGCGACUUCCCCGAAGGCCUCGAGACCCAGGUCGGCGCCCGUGGCGCCCAGCUUUCCGGUGGCCAGAAGCAGCGCAUCGCCAUUGCUCGCGCCCUCCUCAAGGACCCCGAUAUUCUUAUCUUGGAUGAGGCUACCUCCGCCUUGGACGCCGAAUCCGAGACCCUGGUCAAUUCUGCCCUUGCGGAACUCCUCAAGGGCCGCAGCACCACCAUUUCGAUUGCUCACAGACUGUCCACCAUUAAGCGAUCUGACAAGAUCAUUGUGCUCUCGAGCGAGGGUACCGUGGCUGAGAUUGGCAGCUACACAGAGCUGAGCGCCAACAAGGACAGCCACUUCAGUAAGCUGAUGGAGUGGCAGAUGAGCGGUGGUGAUGUCUCCCCGGACCACCGCCCUCCCUCUGGGGAUCCUCAUGUCAGUGAGGUUGAGGAGAUUGAGGAGGAAUUUGCGGAGGCGGAGAAUGACGUUGACGAUGCGGUGGAGAAGGAUGUGAAGUCGCACAAGGAGCCAGUGAGGGAGUAAAGUGAUGGCUGAAUGAUAUUUUCAGCAAUCCGUCACACUCCCACACCCCAGUCUACAGCAGAUGGUAAUGAGUUUGAGGCAUUGUCAGCCACUUACUCACGUGGGACAAGCUCCCCGGUCGGGCCGCUGACACAGAGAGAUAUCUUAUCCCUCACAGGCCCAGACCCAGGCAUGAAUCUCCCGCAUCUUCUACCAUAUACCCGCCGAGCAAGUGACCAAAAGUCAAGGUCCAUGCUUCACGCGAUGCUCGCUUCAGAGGAGGAGGGCAUCGUCACCUUUUUACUGUGUACAUGUCACGUAUUUUACUUGCUAUGUUUGUUAUUAUUAUUUUCAGAUCUCCUUUUUAGGGCACUCUCUUUCUCCACUCUAGACCCGAUCAUGGAUGGCUGGUUAGGAUAGCUAUAUGUACGAUGUAUGAUAGAUCGGAUGCUGGAGAGCGAAGGAGAACGGCACUGCUGGGGAGGUUUGGGGAGAGCCGAUUUGGAGUACUAGAAGGAAUAGAUAAAAACAAAUAAGGAACAUUUGGCAAUUACA